AGCCUCACAAAAUGUGGUUGGAUCAUCCAUGUUUUACUGGUACCACCAGUACCAUUUUAACCGUUUGGUGGCAGUAAAAGCUCCUGCGAGUGUCUAGUCUGCCAAGAAUUAGACCAAAGAAGAAGAAAAGAGCCAAUCACAAACCAGAGCACCAUAUUGAACCAACGAUCCAAACCACUGCUCUACUGUUACAGUUUACUUUGGCAGUUUACUUUAAGUCCGUUUUUCCGCACAACUGGAACAAGAAGACAGCUGAAUCUGUACUCUAUCGGGAACAAUGAAGCUAACGGACAUGAAGAAGUUGAAAGUGCCCGAGCUGCGGUCCAGACUUAAAGAGCUCGGGCUGGACCACAAGGGGCUGAAGGCUGAGCUGCUGGGGAGGCUGUGGUCCGCGUUAGAGGCGCGACAGUGUGGGAUAGACGUACAAGAGGUACAACUACAACAUGACCGCUCACUGACGGCCACAGCACCGUCUAUGGACGUCCACUCUCCGUCCUCAUCCCCGCCGACAGCAGCUGGUGUUACUGAGCGAUGUGAACCGGACCGCACCCGUGAGUACGCACACAGCGCCACACAGACAGAGACGGACACCAGUUUGCCGCCACAACAACACGGCUCUGAGAGUAUUUCAACGCUACAGCGAGGCUCCGAGAGUAUUUCGGAGUGUGUACCAGAGUACCAGGCGGAGGAGAGAGGAGGAGGUGCAGGGGACGGGAGACCUCUGUCCUCAGAGGAGAUGGGCAGAGGAAGAGCUUUCUACGAGUUCAAAGAGGAGAUACGAUACAAAAGAGCCAAAUCGCCUCAACCUCCAGUGGACAGAGAGGAGACGGAGGCGGAAGAUGAAGAUAAAGUCAGACUAGAUCCAUAUGACAGUCACCUGCACUUUGAGGUCGGUCCCGAUGGCGCAUGUGGACAGCCGCGGUUCUGGGCUCGAUUCUCCUCACUGUGGUCAGGAUGCAGGCUCACCCACGGGGUGCUGCAGGGCAAGGUGGGCUUUGAAGUGAGGCUGGAGAGGAAGUUGUUGACUACACAGCUGGAGGAACAAGAAGACAUGGAACCGUGUGGCCUGAGAGUGGGCUGGUCUAUGGCCAACACCUCUCUACUGCUCGGUGAAGAUGACUUCUCUUAUGCUUAUGAUGGGCGCGGUAAAAAAGUGUCUGGUGGGAAGGAGGAAGUGUUUGGAGAACUCCUCUCAGAGGGAGAUAUCAUUGGCUGUUAUGCUUCGUUCUCCACAGACGGUGCUGUUGAACUCUCUUUCCAUAAGAACGGUCGUGUCAUGGGUGAGGCCUUUUCCCUGGAGUCCUCUGUGCUGAAGUGUGGUCCUCUGUUCCCUCACGUCCUCUGUAAGAGCUGUUCAGUCAGGGUUCUCCUGGACCCCACAGCUCCUCCCUGGUACCCUGGUCCUCCAGGGUUCACACCGCUGGCAGCUCUCUGUGCUAGGCAGAGGGUGCGCAGCACAUUGCCUCCUACCUUCAGAGCACAGUGUGAGGUGUUGUUGAUGGUUGGUCUUCCUGGGUCUGGGAAGAGCCACUGGGCCAGGACUCACGUGAAGCAGCACCCUGAGGAGCGGUACAAGCUGCUGGGCACUGAGGAGCUGCUCGCAUGUAUGAUUAGUGGUGGACAGAGGGACAGCAGGCUGCAGCAAGCCUCUCAGUGUCUAACUGAUUUGAUCAAGAUGGCCGCUCAGACUCCGGGCAACUACAUCCUCGACCAGGGCAACAUCCUCUUCUCUGCACGGCGUUACAAGCUGCAGCUGUUCGCGGGCUUCAGGCGCCGGGUGUUGGUGGUCUUUCCCUCAGCGGACGAGUGGAAAAGACGACUGUCUCAGCACCAGAUGAGCAACGGGGAGCAGAUCCCUGAGACAGCCCUGCUCAAACUCCAAGUGAGCUGCAGUCUUCCAGAGCAGCACAGCAACCUGCUGGAGGAGCUGCAGUACGUGGAGCUGCCUCAGGAGCAGGCACAGGCGCUCCUGCAGGAGUACAGCGAAGAGGCUCGCAGACUGCUGCCCCCCAUCCCCAAACAGGAGAAGAAGAAACCCCGACAUCACAAGAAAAGACCCCACCCUCACGGCCCUCCACCCUCACACAGUAUCCAGUGGACUGGACUUCAUGGCUGGAACGACACAAGACUCAACAUGCAGCCAAGAUAUUGGAGUGUGCCUCAUCAGGAUCAGGGCUGCUACUACAGAGACGUCGGCUACAGUGGAUAUGAAGGUUACUGGUGAAGAAACAGAUGCUGCUGCACAUCUGUGUUUACAGGGACAAUCGUUCUACUGAUGCCACUAACUACAUCAGCAAGACAUACUAUAAAGAACUACGGUAUAUGUUGCACUCGCUGCUUUGACCAAUCAAAGAUAAUCAGUGUUGUAGUAUUUAAUCAUUUUACCGGCAACAACCAGAUCACUUUUCAGGAUUUUUUUAUUGAAAAUGUUUAAAAAAAUUCAAUCAUGUUUUUACUGUGCAAUUUACAAAUGAUGGAAAAUACACCGUGUUUUGUGAUCACCAGUGUUGGUCAGAGAGUCUUCAGAGUAAUAAAUCCCUCAACCCUUUGUGUUUGUGCACAUUUGAUCAUGUGGAUGUAUUCUCUGCUAUCGGCUGAGCGUCGUGUCGUCUGCUCCGGCCUCGCUCGCUGUCUGGCUUCACUGUCUGAUAAAGCAGCACGGCUCCUUUAGCUGAAGGACACAGCUCCGACCACAGAGGGCUGCUUCUGUCUAGCUGCAACACCUCCUACAAAAAAAUCAGGGACAACGAUAUGCAGUCUUGUGUGUGUACAUGUUUUUAUAUACCGUACUCUGCUUCUAAUGAAAGUGCCAAAACAAGAAAGCUCAUUCCUGAGUUCCUAUUCUGACAUUUAAAACAUCUGUAACUCGAGUUUACUCACCGUUCUGCUGAGAAAGAUAAUUUCUGUGGACUCGCUGGCCUCUGCUCCUCCUUUCCAGUACAAUGUUCUGACUUCAUCAGAUGUCAACGAGCAGCUGAGGACAUACCAAUGACACAGACUCUGCAUUAUAUAUAUAUAUAUAUAUAUAUUUAUAAAAAGGUUUUCAAGUCAAACUUCCAUCAUAUAAAGUGAGGGAAUGAGAA